CAUUGGCGUAGUCACGUGACAACGUGCAGAUCAGCUUUUUGCUACAUGGCGCAUUCCCACCACUUUGGUGUUCUCCUUUCCGAUAUUUUCCGACAGUAGUGGGAUACAAGAAGAAGUUUGGCGACGAUUUUGAGGGGAGUGCGACACGCGGGACGCCCCUAUGCCGCCGACUGUUGGAAAUUGGAAAGACAUACUGGGACGCGGCAUUGCAGCGUGGUGUCCAUUCUCUUGCUGUGUUUGUUACCGUUUCGCUUGUGUUUGAUUUCAAGUGUUCUCUUUGUGAUCUUUCCAAAGUUCUAUUUUUCAAUGUUGACUUCAAAUAUGGAUUCAGACAGUACAAAUAUAAGUACUUUUUGUACUUGUGCGUCUCCUCCACCUGCCAAGAAGAUAUAUAAGAGAAACGAGUUCAAGGAUGAGUGGCUGCAAGAACCAGAAUUUGCAUUGUGGCUGGAAAAAUGUGAGGACAUUGAGAAAGCAAACUGUAGAAUUUGCCAAACAGACCUAGCAGCAUGUAGACGUGACCUAGUAAGGCACAAAAAUACAGGAAAACAUAUUCAAAAUGAAGAAAGUGCAAGGAACUGGACUUUAGUCUUAAUAAAAGAAGAGUUUGAUGUGGAAAGAGCUGAAAAUUUUGAAGAAAUGGUCAGAGAAGCAGAAUUGAGAUUAUGUGUAGACAUAGUAGAACAUAAUCGUACUUUCAAUUCAUUCAGUCAUUACAUAAAAAUGUUACGCGAAUCUUUCCCAGACUCAGAAAUUUUAAGUAAAAUUUCCUUGAAAAGGACUAAAAUAAAAGCUACAAUAACGAACGUGCUAAGUAAAGGAAUAGUUGCAAAGCACACAGAAAUUUUAGCAAAUAGAUACUUUUCAAUUCUUAUUGAUGAAGGUACAGAUCUCUGUGAUAAUAAAAAUAAAUGUAUUUUAGUUCGUUAUGCUAAUGAGGGUAUUAUCACAACGUAUUUACUAGAUUAUUUAAAAAUUAGAGAGAACACUGCAGAGAAUCUAUAUAAAUGUUUAAUGUAUACGUUAGAAACGAACAAUUUAAACAUUAAAAAUUUAGUGGGCGUUUGUAUAGACAACGCGAACGUAAUGUUGGGGAAACACAAUUCAUUUGUCUCCAGAAUAUUGGCAACGAAUAAAGAAGUUGCCAUAGUUCCAUGCGCAUGCCAUUGUAUACAUUUAGCUGCAUAUAAUGCAACAAAACGCUUGCCACAAGAAAUUAUUAAGGUUAUUGAUAGAAUAUAUACAUAUUUUUCCAGAGGUCCCAAGAGAAAAGAUAUGCUUGAAGAAACUCAAAAACUUUUCAACAUUGGGAAAGGAAAGACAAUUCAGCUAAGUCCCAGUCGAUGGUUGACACUGGCAGAUUUAAUAAACAGAAUUUUAACGCAGUGGCCAGUAUUAAUCAGAUUUAUUACAGAGACUCAUUUGAAAGACAAAACAGAAAUAGUUAGCUACAUCUUUAACACAUUAAAUAAGAAAUUAACGAAAGCAUAUUUACAAUUUUUAAAGUCUAUUCUUACAGCAAUGAACAAAUUUAAUCUUUUAUUUGAAGGCAAAGAUGUAAUGAUACAACAAUUAUUGCCCGAGUUGAAAAGAUUUUUAAGAUUUUUGGGAUAUGCGUUUUUAACAGAAAAAUGUAUGACAACAGCAGAGAAUUUACAUGCUAUUGAUAUACAUGACAACCAUAACUUACUUCCUGUAGAAAAUAUUUUUAUUCAUAAUGAAGCUCAAGAAACAAUAGAGGCAAUCAAGGAGACGAAUGAAGCAAGCGAUGAUGAAAUAAAACUAUUUUAUAAAAAUAUACAAAAAUUUUAUCAAACUGCAUAUGAAGAUGUACUUGCAAGAUUGCCCCUCAAUGAACAAUUUUUUGAUGCCUUAGGAUUUCUGGAACCUAAAGUUACAUUAAAUUUACAAAUACACAAAGACCAAUUGAGGCAUAUUUUGGAAAAAUUUCCUUCGAAAUUUGACAGCCAUAGUGUGUAUUUAGAAUGGCAUGAAAUGGCUUCAUAUUUUACACACGAGGAGAAAAAUGAAAUAGCAGAACUGAAAGUUUGUGAUUUCUGGAAGAAAAUGAGCGAAAUUAAAAAUCCAAUAGGUGAAUAUAGAUUCCCCAACAUUACCAAGUUCGCAGAGUUGUGUUUAUUGAUACCCCACCCAAAUGGCGAAGCUGAGAGAUUUUUCUCAAUGAUAAACAAAAUAAAAUCCGAAAAAAGGACUAGAUUAAAAUGUAAAAUGAUUGGUUCGUUAACUAGGGUAAAAUUAGAUUUAAGGGCUGAAAGAGAAACUUGCAUUUCCUGGGAAGCGUCGCAAAAAACGUUAGAAUUCUUUAAUUGUCAAAUGUACAAAAAAGAAACGAUACCACAACAUCUGAUUGAUGUCAUUUUACCGGACGGAGAGGACAACGAGUCGUAAUCAGACAUAGAUUAUGACCCUGUAUUUAUACAGAAUUAAACGAAUUUCUUUAUUAUUAAA